AUGAAUUUGGGAGUUUUGAACAAGGUUUGGGAAAUUAAAGCUUUGAAGAGAAAACCUAGAGAAGAUGAAGCCAUGAAGAUUCUGGAAAAAGUAGCCAAUCAGGUUCAACCGAUUAUGACUAGACGAACAUGGCGUGUCAAGCUUCUCUCUGAAUUCUGCCCAACAAAUCCAAGGCUUUUGGGGGUUAAUGUAAAUAGAGGAGUGCAAGUGAAAUUGAGGCUUAGGAGGGUAAACAAUGACGGAGAUUUCUUAUCUUACCAUGAAGUUCUUGACACUAUGCUCCAUGAGCUUUGCCAUAACGCUCAUGGUCCUCACAAUGCUAGUUUCUAUAAACUUUGGGACGAACUUCGAAAGGAGUGUGAAGAGUUAAUAGCAAAGGGUAUAACAGGGACAGGGCAAGGAUUUGAUGUUCCUGGGAAGCGUUUGGGUGGAUUUUCUCGUCAGCCUCCACUCUCGUCUCUUCGAGCAACAGCAGCUACUGCAGCGGAGAAAAGAGUGCGUGCGGGUGUUCUGUUACCUUCAGGACCUCAACGUCUUGGUGGUGAUAGUAGCAUUAUGUCAGAUCUUAGUCCAAUACAAGCUGCUGCAAUGGCAGCUGAAAGGCGUUUACUUGAUGAUAUCUGGUGUGGUUCUCAAUCCGCUGAGGCUUUAGAAGACGAAGGGAAUGAUAGUGACACAUGUAAGGAACCUGUUUCAGUAAGGGAAACUUGUACGAGCUUGAAUGCAAAAUCAGUAAAAAGAAGUAGUAGCUGUUCCAAUGCUAAUUCUUGUCCUCCAUCUUCUAGUCAUCAAUGGGGAUCAAAUGUCAUUGAUUUAACAGAGGAAGCUUCUGAAACAAGACGUACUAAAAGAAGUUGCAGCCCAGUCGAUGAGGGUCCUUCUUGUUCCAAACGUGAACCGAACCCUGGUGUCACGAAAGCAUCGGGAACUUCGCCUUUGACCGGUUACAAUGCAAACCAAAGCAGAGAAGAAUCGGCAAUGUGGGAGUGUGGAGAAUGCACCUUAUUGAACCCGUCGUUGGCUCCAAUAUGCGAGCUAUGCACCGCAACAAAGCCAAAGGAAAGGGAGAUCAAGCACAAAGUAUGGUCUUGCAAGUUCUGCACGCUUGAAAACGAGGUGAAGCAGGAGAAAUGUGAGGCUUGUGGUCAGUGGAGAUACUCUUAUGGACCACCAUUAUCGACCCCAGCUCCUAAUGCUGGCACUUGA